AUGGGGAAGAUGAGACAUGUGUCACAGACAUUGAAUUUUGCGGUGAAGAUGUCCGGGUGGAUAUGUAAUACUAAGAAAGAUAAGAAAAGGUCAUGUAACAAAUUUAUAUUAGCAAUUGAUCAGAUGAUAUCACUGGAUAGCUUAUUUCGACUCAAACAGAACGACGACCUCUUCAAGAGGCGGUGCAAGUGGGUGAACGGGCCGCUGAUAGUCGGGGCGGGGCCGUCGGGGCUGGCGGUGGCGGCGUGCCUGCGCGAGCACGGGGUGCCGUUCGUGGUGGUCGAGCGCGCCGACUGCGUGGCCUCGCUGUGGCAGCGGCGCACGUACGACCGGCUGAAGCUGCACCUGCCGAAGCAGUUCUGCCAGCUGCCCAAGUGCCCGUUCCCGGGCGAGUUCCCGCAGUACCCGACGCGGCGGCAGUUCGUCGAGUACCUGGAGCGCUACGCGCGGCGGUUCGGGAUCGCGCCGCGGUUCAACGAGAGCGUGGAGCGCGCGCGCUACGACGAGACGUGCGGGAUGUGGCGCGUGCGGGCGUCGGCGGGGGAGGGCGCGGCGGCGGAGGAGUACAUGUGCCAGUGGCUGGUGGUGGCCACGGGGGAGAACGCCGAGCGCGCGCUGCCGGAGAUCGUCGGGAUGGCGGAGUUCGCCGGCGACGUCGCGCACGCCGCCGACUACACGUCCGGAGAAGGGUACGCCGGGAAGGAGGUCUUGGUCGUCGGCUGCGGCAACUCCGGCAUGGAGGUGUGCCUCGACCUCUGUCACCACGGCGCCCACCCCACUAUGGUCGUUCGCGACUCUGUUCACGUACUACCAAGGGAGAUCCUGGGGAAGUCGACGUUAUAUAUAUGCUUAGAAUGUAUUUGUUUUAUUGUUUUAGUUGAGCCAUAUGAAGAACUCUAA